AUGGCGGUCUCAAGUUUGGCAUAUGCAUACGGCGGGACAUUCGCAUCCCGCUUUGCGGCAGAAGCUUUUUCAUCCUUCCCUAUCCAUGGGAUUCAGCGACCUGAGGAAAGCAGUCCGGCAGAUGAGGUUACUGCACCUGGUGACACAGCAAAGUCCAGCAGCACCGGCAGGCCGAAGGAACGAAGGACGCUGUGGAUGGGCGACUUAGAUCGAGCUGAGCUCCCAGUGGAUGAAACAUACGUAAGGAAUGACAUGUUUCUCGAAUUUAAUGCGUUCAUCACUCACGUCCGAGUCUGCCGCGACAAGAUAACGAGGCUGCCGUCAUUCGGCUUUGUUGAGUUUGCAACCGAGAAGCAUGCCCAGUAUGUUUUAGAGCAUAUGAACGGCCGCUUCGUUCCCGGCAGAUGCCACAAAUACAAGCUGAACUGGGCGAAUUUUAAUCUGACCGAGAAACCGGAGACGCGGGCAACUUUCUCGCGGCCUCCCGAACUCAAUCGGGAAUCGGGGGAGAAUGCCAACAGGGUUCCCGACCCAGCCGGCAGGAGGCUCAGUGACGUUUGUCGCCAGCCUCAGGGAAGCCCACCACCAGACAGCACGUCUGUGUGGGUCGGGAGUUUAGAUCCCGCCACGACACGCGAGGAGAUUGAAGACCUCUUUCAGCAGCAUUAUAACACAGUCUGCUUCGUGAAACUUAUCAUGGAUCCUAACACAGGUACUGGCCGUGGAUUUGGUUUCGUGCACUUCCGCGAUCCCGAGGAAGCAGAACGAGCAUUAGGAGAAAUGAACGGGGCCAUAUGCCGCGGGCGUCGAAUUCGUGUCAAUCGAUCAAACAACAGUAGAGCCUCUUCUGCCCAAGGCGCAGCCCAGGAUCCCUCCUUUCAGUCCGCCAUGGCGAAGCUGUAUGCUGCUACAGCUUAUCAGGCGCAGAAAAUAGCUCAAGAUUACUGUGGCGGUUUUGUGCCAACAAAGAGAAAACGCGGAGUUCUGGCUGGAGGGACAACCGCAAAAGUUGUGGUCAGGGGCUUGGACCCAGUGUGCUCCGAGGAAGAAAUCGAAAGGCAUUUGUCCCAUUUUGGCGAGAUCAUUCAGACGAAAGCCGUGCCUGGAGGGAAAGCGUAUGUGACUUUUGCGGAGCCGCAAGCGGCAGACAAUGCCGUCACGUAUCUGAGUGGGUGCUUCAUCGGGGCCAAUCGGGUAGGAUUGGAACAUGCUGACUCGCAACCACCGGAGAACUUUGGAGCUGGCGGUGAGGGAACAAGCGCCGACGGCGGGUACUACUGGCCUCAAUCUGCAGUGAAUGUGAACACACCUGCGACCGGAAACAUCGGCUAA